AUGCCUUUUGGAAGUCUUCGAAACAGAGUUGGUGGUAAAGCAAGCAAUCCUCAAUCUGGGGAUAGCCCCACCAAAUCUCACCAGAGAGGCCGCUCUAUCACAAUGCCCUCCAUAACUCCUCGAAAGAGCUGGACAUCUCUUUUCGAUUCCUACAAAAGAGGGAGAUUUACUGUCAUCAAUGUGUCGCCAGUCAAGGUCUUACCAGACGCCCUCGAGGAAGACCUCUACCCACAGUAUGAUCCAACUAACCCUGACCAUGACCCUGAGAGAGCGAACGCCACAUCACCUCAGCAGAAAAGCCUGCGUGGAAGGAGAACUCCAAGCCCACACCCACAGAAACGCACAAGUGGUGCCCGCCCCCCGAAGCUUCACCGCCGUAAUCGUUCUCAGACGUCCCUGAAAGAGGCAGAGGUACCAAAAACAUUCCUCGAAUCAUUGGCAGAUGCUAUCAGAGCACCGGCAUCCUUCUUUUACAAAGAUACCAAGAAAUCCCCAGUGAUCAACGACGACACCGCAAAAGAUGUCACAAGCAGCCUCGUUGCCACUCCCAAAUCCGCUCGCACAAGUCCCAAAAAAUCCGUCACAUUCCAGCCGGGAGCAUCUUUUAUGGAGUCAGGACAGAGAUCAUCUCCAAUUGAUAUCCCAAAACCAGCUCCAUCCUUAGCUCCCGUUCAAUUAGCAUUCACCCCAUUCGCACACGGCUUCGCCUCAGAAUUGCGAGACUCGAUUCUCACGGCGAGGCUACCAGAAACUCAAAUUCUGAAGUCUUCGCCUGAACUCCAUUAUGCCCUCGGUGCAGCACAGCUUCGGGAUCAUUUUGUCGAAAUUGAAACCCAGAUCCAGCCUCAAGGCUCCCAUGUAGAUCUCCCAACUCCAUCAGAGACAAAUUCGAGCAUUGAGGAUCCAUUUGCUGACCCUAGUGACGCCACGAAGCAAGGCAAGACACAAGAGAUGCUCACAGGAUAUGACGAUCGUUUCCAGAGUAGAAACUUGACGACAGUUACUUCUACAAAUAUAGCAAUCGACAGGAACUUUGUCUCAAACGAUGAGAAGGUCCAGGAUCUGCCUCCAGAUCUUACCGCAACCACGAGUUCUUCGCUAACUACCAACAGGCGCGGGGUAAUUAAUACUACCAAAGGAUCAGCUCAUCCUUCUGGCCAUUGUGGGAGAGAAUCGGAAGCAUCUGAAUCCAUAUCAAGUGACAGCGGGCUACUUGGUCCAACACCUUCGACGAUGAAAGACUCAGGCACUAGCAAACACUGUGGUGAACGACAAAGUACUGUUUCGAAGCUCAUGUCUGGCUCCAGAGCGUUAGAUGCCCCGUUGGAGAGAUACGAUGCCGACCAUGAGUUAUCAGAGGAGCCGAAAUCUCAAGCACAUGACAGCCAACACCUAAGAAGUCCUGUGGGUAGUCAGAAAUGGAUUGAUAACCCCACACAUGAGGAUAUUCGGCAAAAAUUCAAGGUUUACUCCGCACAUAAAGGUCCACAGAGGAAACAAGAGACGGAAACUACAGCCAUGGAAACGCCUCGACAAGGUUCUGUACAGAGUGCUCCUUGCAACGCGGCCAUCGCUACAUUACCUACCACUCUGUCUAACUCUCGCAGACUCAGCGUCGAAGACUUAGACCUGGUAGCAGAUCUAGGUAAGGCAGGAACAGAAAAUCCAUCGAGUCAGGUGAGGGAUAUGAAUAUUCCUUCACCACCGAAGAACCUCCUCUCGGACAGUAAUAACUCUCAAACAUUCCCAUGGACUGCUGAGUUGACACUAAGAAGUGCAAAAUCUCCAUUAAAGAAGAAAAUGUCACCUCCUGAAUCAAUCCUCGAGUGCACGGAUAACUCUCUUGACUUAUCGAGCUCGCAGGAUAUCGUGAAAUUGCAAGGGAAUGUGUGGUCCACACUUGAAGACACCUUCAUCGAAGGUUCUCUUGUCGGUAGCGAGGUUGAUUGUCCCACGAUUCGAGACCCCGGCUUAUCUUCAAAAUCCAUCGCCAUUCAAACUCCGUCCCCAGCUCGCAUUCCACUGCCUGCAUCAUCCCAUCCUGGUCUGGAGAGGGCCAAGAAUUAUGUGGAUCAGUGUAACUGGUGCCCGUUCAAAGAAUACAAAUUCUCCUACGCGGCGACUGCGGCUAUUGAGAUGAACUCCUCCUCGUUUCGUCGCUUCCUGGGAUUACAAGGUUGUUUCUACGCCUUCUGGGAGCUUUGUAAACUGCCUGACUCGACGAAACCGUCCAGGGACACUCGAGGGCUUGCGAGCUCGGAAAUAGACACGCUUUUCGACGAGAUCAAGCAAGCCACCCUUCUACCAGAACCAGGCAGAUCUGCGCUACUGAAGGCUUUCAAAGCAAUAUUAGCCUCAGAUGAUCUCGAAUUUUACGCCCUGGGAAACCGUCCAAUGAGUUCCGAAAGCAUUGAAACCAUAGAUGCUCCUUCAGGGCCUAGACAUAGCGAGGAGGGUAUUCUCCGCACUCAGCUAGACAAUCUGCUGCUCCGCAUGAAGGACGAAGGUGUUGCUGUCGAGUCAGAUGCGGAACCGUGGCUUGAGAGACACGCAAAUUCCAGCCAUACGCGCAGAGCAGCAUCCCAUACACGAGAUGAAGCUUUGAGUAGACCCGAGCAAAUCGGAUCCGCUUCAGAAGAAGAGAAAUUUGAAAAGGUUAGCAAGGUUCUGGAGAAUUCUAAGCUGAAGCUCAAGGGUGAGUUCAAGGGUUUCACAUAUGAUAAAUCUUAUUCCCUGCGCGAGCAGUGGCUGCUGACAUCACCAUACCUGCGGUGUUAUAUGCGUACUGACCACAUCUGUUUGACAGGUAUUCAACGUCGGGAAACAACGGAAAGUCAGCGGUCCUUGUUACCAGGACGACGCAGAUCGAUGUGGUCCGAUAAAUCUCAGAGCGGUGCAUCGACGUCUGCCACCUCAACCAUGGAUGCAUUGGAAGAGGAUGAGAAAUUCUGCCAGGGUAUCGUCUGA